AUGGAGAAGAUAUUGAUGAGCUUGUCUUGGUCUCUUGGCGUUUUGGGGUUAGUGGUUUUGUUUGCAACUGCGAGUUCCGUGCAUGCAAUAACAUGCCGGGACGCCAUAAUGGCGUUGAUGCCUUGCCAGAAGUUCCUGAUGGGUUUUGCAUUCAAACCCAGCGCUCCUUGCUGCUCAGCUGUGGGCAACGUCACCGCUGCGGCUAACACCACUCAAGCACAGAGAGACCUGUGCACAUGUUUUGAGAUGGCUGGCCCAGCUCUCGGGGUGAUGCCUGACAAGGCUGAGCAGCUUCCCCAGUUGUGUGGCGUCACUGUUUCCGUGCCCAUAGAUCCCAACAUUGACUGCAGCACGUAA